AUCUAUUGGCCCUCACUCAUUACUUGCAUUAGAUUUAUUUCAUGGUCAUUUAACAGAUUCUUUAAAAAAUAGAUUUGAUGAAAAAAAUGCAAAUUUGGCUGUUAUUCCUGGUGGUCUAACAAAAAUAAAAAAAUUAACUCCAACUGGAUGUAUACAAUGUCCUGCAUACAAUUUAGUUGCACAAUGGGUAGAAAUUUCAUGGGAUAAAAUUGAUCCAAUACUUAAACAAGAUUCAUUGAAAUGUUGUGGAAUAUCAAACUCUCAGGAUGGCUCAGAAGAUAAAUAUAUUUUUGAUGAAUGGAAAAAGUAA